AUGGACUUUAAAAACGCCUUCAACUCAGUCUCCCGAGCAGCGGUAGCCCACGGGAUCCUAAGCUAUGCCCCAGAGUUCUACAAGGCAGCUAGAUGGGCCUACAACGAGCCAGCAGCCCUAGUGAUGUAUGACGGCACGCUACAACAACAGCUACAGAGGUCAACCGGCUAUAACAGACCCCCUCCUAUCGUCCUAGCAUACCUAGACGACGUCUACAUCAUCUCAGGGCAACAGAUCACCCUACAACAACUAGAAGGCUACCUAGAAGACGCCCCUAUCGCCCUAAACAUAGAUAAGACAAAGACACACCCCCUAUCGGCAAUACAGACCACGGGAAUGAAGAUACUUGGCUCCUUUAUAGGGCCAGAGCCACGGAAGGCCGAAUUCCUGGCUACAAGGAUAGAAGAACUCCAGACGGUGCUAGAUAGGCUAAAAGACCUACCAAAACAACACGCACUCCUCCUACUUAGGGCUAGCACCUCUACACUACUCCGACACCUUCCUAGGACCAUAGGAUCACAAGGACUCCUGGCAAGAUUCCAAGACAUUGACACAAGACUCCUAGAAACCAUAAAACACCUUCAAGGCUCAGAGGAUAGAAGACCACUAGACCAGGACCUAGUAGCCCUCCCUACUAGGCUAGGAGGCCUAGGAAUACCUCUCUACGCGGAAGUGGCCGAGCUAGCCUUCCAAAACUCACAGGCUAUAGCAGACAUCACCCUACAGAGGAUCCUACCGCCAAAACUCUUCUGGCGCCUACCCCGAGCACCCUCGCCAGCCCCUAGCAACACUAGCCAAGAAGGCAACCUACAAGAGGACGGCCUAGAAGGGGACAUAGACAAGGCCACAGAAGAGGACACACAAGGUCUAGACGAACAAACCACUCUAGGAAGCCAGGAGCAAGAACAGGUACAAGAACAGGAACAGGAUCACUCCCAGGACCGCGGUAGAAGCAGGAAUAGAGCAAACCAACAACCACAACCAAGCCUAUCCUACCUCCCAGCCCAGGACACCCAACAACAGCCUAGCUUUCCCCUAGAACACCAACAACUAGACCCCACUAGUACUGGCCCUGCUAGAACCAUCUACCGAGCUGCAAUAGACAAGCUCAACAGAGCUCGACUGGCUAGAGUACAGCAGAAGCUCUCUUUACAGCAAGAGAACGUACGGAUCGAGAACUCAGCCUUCCUAGGCCGGAGAUGGCUAUCCGCAAUGCCUACCUCACAGCCCCUUCUACUCUCGGACAUGGACGUAGCCGCAGCACUUUCUAUUCGGCUUCUUACAUCCCCUGAAGAAGGCCAGGACAUCUGUAGACACUGUGAUAGGGCCUAUACCUUCGCCCACGAAGACGCCUGCCGUGCUAGGACUAGACAGACAAUUGUCAAACAUAAUAAGGUGUGCCAGGCGUUGACUACGGCCCUACAGACCGACCCACAAAACAAAGUCACCCUAGAGCCACAAGGAGACUACCGAGGAAUCCGGACAGACAUUAGAAUCGACAACCCUAAGGGAACCACCUACCUAGAUGUGUCCAUCAUUUCCCUAGGUAAGGAAACCGCUAGGAAGGACCCUAAUAGCACCCUAUCGGCCGCGGAAAGGGCUAAGAAGCUCAAAUACCAAACCCUAGGCCGAGCUUUUAAGCCGUUUAUCCUUAGCCAAGGAGGCCUUCUAGGAAAGGAGACCUCACAAACCUACAAAGAAUUCCAAAGUCCCUUGGUCCUAGCACCUCGGAGUGGCUAG